GAGGGAACUAUAACAUCACCCUCCAGUUGGCAGUUGUGAUGUGCUGUGUUACAGUAUGUGACGGGACCCCGGACCCCAGUAAGAAGGAGACGAUGUUGCACCAGGAGGCCUCCAGGCAGACAGGAGGCCGUGUGCAGUUGACAGGGGCAGAGCAGCGGCUCGACACACACCUUCACAAGCUAAAAGAACAAGAGAUGGCUGCAGCCCAGUUCCCUCCUGCCAUUCACUUCUUCAAGGCACGGCGCCUCAUCCAUAGGAGUCCCAUCUUUAGCCUGCUGCAAAUGAUGCCCAAAGGGGCAGCCCUCCACAUCCACAGCUCAUCCCUGGUUGAUUGGCUGGUGAAGAACAUCACAUACAGGCCCCAUUGUUACAUCUGCUUCACAUGGGGCAGGUCUGUACGGUUCGUCUUCUCCACCUCGGACUGCCUCUACUGGCAACUGUUGAAGACCUUGAGAGCCAACAUGGCGGAUCCUACAGACAGUCCACUAUAUCAUCAAAGCCAAGCCUUGAUGCAAAACCUCACACUAUCCAAUGAUGAUCCAAAUACUACCUACCCGAGCCAGGAUGCAGUAUGGGAGAGAUUUGAGAUGGCAUUCGUGGCCAUAGCUGGGCUGGUCAGCUACGCUCCUGUGUUUAAAGACUUUCUCUACAAGGGCUUAGAACAGCUGUUUUAUGACAACAUCACGUACCUGGAACUAAGAACUGGACUUUCAAGGGUUCAAAUACGAGCUGGAAGCAACCAUGAUAAAGCCUGGUCCUUGAAGACUUAUCAGGAAGGCACUCACCAGUUUGUGGCUGAACACCCUGGCUUUCUGGGAGCUCAACUCAUCAUUUCUGUCCCUAGGGUUCUAAGUGUGUCUGAUGUUAAAGCAGCUGUAAAAGAGGCCAUGCAGAAGGAUUUCCCAGAGAUUGUUGCAGGAUUCGACCUGCCUCCGAACGCCGCCCGAACAAGGAGAGGAACCAACUUUGGCGGAAGUCGUGACAAUGGGUAUGCCUUGGCACACCACCCACUGGCAAAGGAGCUCUCCAGGAAAGACAACGUGGCCGUGGAAGUAUGCCCCAUCUCAAACCAGGGGCUGAAGCUGGUGUCCGACCUAAGGAACCACCCUGCAGCUGUGCUGAUGUCUGAGGGCUACCCCAUGGUGGUCAGCUCUGAUGACCCAUCCCUGUUUGGGAACACUGGGCUUUCCUAUGACUUCUAUGAGGUGUUUGUGGGCAUCGGUGGCUUGAGGGCUAACCUGGGCACUCUCAAGGAGCUGGCCAUGAACUCCAUAAGAUAUAGCUCACUGCCAUCACAGUUGAAGGAGAGAGGGCUGGCCAUGUGGCGGAGGCCGUGGGAUAAAUUCAUCUCUGAGAACUCAUACAGUAAUCCCUGAGCAGUCGAGGACGGGACUUCUUCAAAACCAGAAUGAUGUCAACUCAGCUCUAUAUGAUGUCAAUGCAGACACAUAUUCUAUGACCCUCUUUGGUGAAAAUCUACAGUGAAUCAGUAACAAACCACAAAUGAGUGUAAAUACAGGAAUCAUAUUUAUUCUUUCUUUGCUCAAU